AGCGGCACGCAGUUGGCGAUCGGCUGCGACGAUGGCUCCGUUAAGCUAUUCCAGGUUGUACCCGGUGGGAUCCAGUUUGAGCAGAACCUGGACAGACGGAAAGGCCGCAUCCUGUGUCUCUCUUGGCACCCCUCGGACACUCACAUAGCAGCCGGCUCCAUCGACACCUUCCGCGUGCUUGAUGCCUGUUCAGGCCAAACCGUGCAGAGGAUCAUGGUGAACUACCAUGUACAGAAGGUGAAGCAAGAAUGCAUCGUGUGGAGCAUCGCUUUCCUCUCCAAUGGCACCGUCGUCACCUCGGAUUCCUUCGGGAGGGUACAGUUCUGGGACUGGGAGCAAGGGACACUGCUGGACUCCCACACCGUCAGCACCUCGGCCGUCCUCUCACUGGCUGUGUCAGAGAAGGAAGACAGCAUCAUUGUGGGCACCUCNGCCGGCGCCCCCUCCCAGCUCCAGCUGCUGCCGGUGAAGCUGGGCAGCCUGGAGAAGCGCUGGCUGAAGACAAAGCCCUUCCAGUAUCACACCCACGACGUGCGAGCUGUGGCGCACAGCUCGACAGCUCUCAUCUCGGGGGGCCUGGACGCCCAGCUGGUGAUCCGCCCGCUGAUGGAGAAGGUGCAGGACAAAGGCUACGAGGCAGCACUCCGCAAAUUCACCUUUCCCCACCGACGCCUCGUCUCCUGUGCCAGGAAAGCCCGGAUGCUCCUCUUCCAGUUCUCCCAGCACCUGGAGCUCUGGAGACUUGGCUCCACUGAUGGGACGGGAAAGGACGGUGAGGUCCUUCCCCUGAGUAGCAUGCCUGAGCACCUUGUGCAGCUCAAGAGCAAGGGUCCGGAGCACAUCUACUGCAGCUGCGUCUCGCCCUGUGGCAGGUGGGUCACCUAAGCCACAGCCUCCCGCUUCCACCUCUACCGGGUGCACUAUGAAGGUGAUGGUGUCAGAAUUGAGAAGAUCCCCAAAGUGCCCAAGGUGCUGCUCCCAGCCUACCAGCUCCAGUUCUCCUCUGACUCCAGCAGCCUCUUCGUUGCUUCUGCUCGAGGUUCCGUCCAUGUCCUCCAGCUCCUAGAGCCAGGGGGCUGCAGACACCUGCACACACUUCAGCCACCAUCAGGGUGCUCUGAGGCUGUUUACCUGCUGGCCCUGAGCGCAGAUGGGCGCUGGCUGGCCGCAGUCAGCGGGGACUGGGCAAUCCAUGUCUACAAGCUGAAACGCUUAAAGCAUCACUGCACGGUGCCCAUGUACAGCUGUGCGGUGACAGCUCUCGCCAUCCACCCCGUCACCAACAACCUUGUUAUUGCCUACUCGGACCAGCAGUUGUUUGAGUUCAGCAUUCCUGAGAAGCAGUACACGGACUGGAGCCGCACAGUGCAGAGCAGUGGGCUGCACAAGGUCUGGCUGGAGAGGGACUCGCCCAUCACCCACAUCACCUUCAACCCCAAGAACCCCUCACACAUCCUGCUCCACGAUACAUACAUGUUUUGCAUCAUCGACAAGUCCCUGCCCCUGCCAGACAACAGUGCCCUCCUGAUGAACCAGUGCAUCCUGAAGCAGCUCCCAGAGAGUGCCAGGCAGCAGCAGCUCCAUGCCUUCAAGAUCUGCAAGAAGUUCCAGCCCCUGCUCUUCGCAGAUCUCCUGGAUGAGAAGUGCCUUGUGGUGGUGGAGCGGCCCAUCAUGGACAUCAAGACCCAGCUGCCACUGCCUACCCAACAGAAGAAAUUCGGCACCUGA